GCAUUUUUUUGCACUUUUGCCAACUUAUUAAAAUAUGUACUUAAACACACACAUGUAUCUGUGUGUGUGUAUAUAUUUAGUUAAUUUGGGUGUUCGAACCCUUAAAAUUCUCUAACAACCAACUAAUCCCGAAAACUCGGAAGCGCAUUGAUCCAAACAUUAACCCAUCAAAUUUGUGUUAGAAACAAAAAGUAAUGAUUUUAAAAUUAAAAAUAAUAAUAUUUAAAAUAUAUUUCAACGUGUUUGUUUAAAAUCUCUAUAUGUUAAAAUUUUGAGCAAAUAUUUGCCUUUUAAUAGAAAUGGUUUCAAUUUUAACCGGUGCCAUGCCAUGCCAUGACCAGACCCCAAUCACUUGUUCCCUCCACAAACACAUUGUUUUCACACCUUCUAACCAUAAGAAACGCAACAAAGACAAACAGCUCAUGGAACCCUCGCCUGAGAAAACUAGCAAAAGAAGGCCAAUACCAACAAGGCCUCAACCUCUACCGCCAAAUGCUCCGCUCAGGCGACUCUCCCAACGCAUUCACAUUCCCUUUUCCUCUCAAGUCCUGCGCCUUCCUCUCGCUUCCCAUCUUCGGCCAACAGCUCCACGCCCACGUCGUGAAAACCGGGUGCCAAUCGGAACCCUUUGUCCAAACUGCUUUGAUUUCAAUGUAUUGUAAAUGCUAUUCAGUUGACAAUGCAGGUAAACUGUUUGAUGAAAAUCCCCAGUCAAGAAAGCUCACUGUUUGUUAUAAUGCUUUGAUUGCUGGGUACGCUCACAAUUCUCAAUUUUCGAAUGCAAUUAUCUUAUUUUGUGGAAUGAGGUCACUGGGUGUAUCGGUUAAUGCUGUUACAAUGUUGGGCUUAAUUCCAGGAUGUACAGUUGCUAUGCAUUUGGGUUUUGGGAUGUCACUUCAUUGCUGUACUGUCCAGUGUGGUUUGGACACUGAUAUUUCUGUUGAAAAUUGUUUGCUUUCUAUGUAUAUUCGGUGUGGGUCAGUUGAACUCGCCCGCAAGUUGUUUGAUGAAAUUCCCCAGAAGGGGUUGAUUACUUGGAACGCGAUGAUUUCUGGAUAUGCACAAAAUGGGCUUGCUACCCAUGUUUUGGACCUUUAUCAAGAGAUGAAGUUGUCAGGUAUAUGUCCUGAUCCUGUGACUCUUGUGGGAGUUCUGUCAUCUUGUGCUAACCUUGGUGCCCAAAAAGUUGGUUGUCAGAUAGAACGACAAAUAGAAUUAAGUGAGUUUGGAUUUAAUACAUACCUUAAAAAUGCUCUGAUUAAUAUGUAUGCUAGAUGUGGCAAUUUGAUAAGAGCUCGAGCUAUUUUUGAUGACAUGCCGGAAAAGAACUUGGUCUCGUGGACGGCAAUUAUAGGUGGGUAUGGAAUGCAUGGGCAAGGAGAAAUUGCCGUGCAACUUUUUGACAAGAUGAUUAUGACUGGCAUUCGACCUGAUGGAGCAAUCUUUGUCAGUGUUUUGUCUGCGUGUAGCCAUGCUGGAUUGACUGAUAAGGGCUUGCAUUAUUUUGCUGUAAUGGGGAGGGAAUAUGGGUUGCAGCCAGGUCCAGAGCAUUACUCUUGUGUAGUAGAUCUUCUUGGUCGGGCUGGUAGACUUCAGGAAGCUCAGGAGCUCAUUAGGUCAAUGCCAGUAAAACCUGAUGGUGCUUUAUGGGGUGCCCUUUUGGGAGCUUGUAAGAUCCAUAAAAAUGUUGAACUUGCUGAAUUAGCUUUCCAACGAGUCAUUGAGCUUGAACCCACAAACAUUGGUUACUAUGUGUUGUUGUCAAAUAUAUACUCUGAAGCAAACAAUUUGGAGGGAGUACUAAGAAUUCGAGUGAUGAUGAGAGAGCGGAAGCUCAAGAAGGAGCCCGGAUGUAGUUAUGUUGAACAUAAAGGUAGGACUCACCUCUUUGUGGCCGGGGAUACAAGUCACCCUCAAACAGAGGAGAUAUAUAAAAUGCUCGAUAGGCUAGAAGAUUUAGUUGAGGGAUUUGAUCGGCCGAAGAAGAAUGAUAAAGCAGGACGAAAUGAAGAGCUUAUAAGUGGCAUGAGAGUGCACAGCGAAAGGUUAGCCAUUGCAUUUGCGCUCUUAAAUACUGGUGUGGGGGCAGAGAUUCUUGUGAUAAAGAACUUAAGGGUAUGUGGAGAUUGUCAUUUGUUUAUAACGUUGGUCAGCAAAAUUGUGGAUCGUCAGUUUGUUGUUAGGGAUGCAACUCGUUUCCACCAUUUUAAAAGCGGAGUCUGUUCAUGCAAUGGCUACUGGUAAGACUUGCCAAAGGUUUUCAAUUUCAGACUAACAUGUCCGAUAGGCAACAAAAUGGAAUUUUGAAGUUUGACAAUAUAGUAUGAAAUUCAAAAGAGUCUCAGAGUGAGGUUUCAGAUUUUGAAUAUUGGGAUUGCCAAAUUCAGUUGAAGGUGGCUAUAAGGAUUUAUGGAAACUCCUGCUGAUUAGCUCUUGGUUGUUGAACGCCAUGCCACAAGGAAAGCUGUCUUAACCAAGGAGGUGACAAGGGAUAUUGCUAUUGUUUUUGAGGUUGGAAAUCUCAGCCAAGCAAUGAGAAAAUUUGUCUUGACCACCACCAUCACUUAGCUGAACAAUCAGGAGAGGGGUCUAUAACUCUGAAGAGAUUGGCAAGGAAGAGUUAUACAACUAGCGAAGUUUGCAAAAGACAACAUCCACAAGAAGCUCAAGAAGCAUGCGAAUGGACAUUGAGGAAAAUUUUCUUUGACCAACACCACAUCAUAAAUACAAGUCUAAUGUUGUUUGUUUUCUAUUUUAUUCAUUUGUAUGGCCAACAAAACUCAGUAAUAGUUGGCUUUUUACACAGAGGAUGCUUAUUUAAAUAAAUUGUAUUUAUGUUUUGUUUAAAUUGUGCAAUAUAAUCUCCUAUUGGCUA